CAACAACUCUGUGUAAACAUAAGAAGGGACAAUCCCCCCGGAGCAACCUGGAGUUAAGUGCCUUACUCAAGGAACCUGUGACCUUCUGAUUAACAGCCCUGUGCUUUAGCCACGACACCACCAGCACUCAAGAAAAGAUCAACUUAAUCAGUAAAUUGGAUCCUUCACCUAACAGCAAGUUUCAUCAAGAACCUUAUUUAAUAAUCAUAUGGGCAAAUAAAACAUGAAGAUACUGAGGAACAAAUAGAUCUGGUUCUUUGGGCCUCCAAACAUCACAGCAGUAACAAUUCACACCUUCAUUGAAGCCACUCCCACAACAAAUCACCAAUAAAUACUGUGAAUAUUCCCAUCAUCCUACAAGAGAAGUUCUUCAGACCAGCAGGAAGAUCUCCAGGUGUAACAACUGAAAUCUGUGUGAUAUAAUAUGGAAAAGAUGGAGUUUAUUAAAGAGGAGAAAGAAGACAUGAGUUAUCUAGAGCCAUACAACAUAAAACAUGAAGAUACUGAGGAACAAAUAGACUUCAUAAAAGUGAAAGAAGAAAGCCAAGAACUGAAUGAAGUGGUGGAGGAACAUCAGGAUCAGAAGCCUCAUUUCUUAAGUGGAGAAACACAAAACCAAACUCAAACAACAGAGGACAAAAACUCUUUCACCUGCUCUCAAUGUGGAAAGAGUUUUAAACGUAAACACACACUUGAGAUGCACUUGAGAAUUCACACUGGAGAGAAACCUUUCACAUGUACUCAGUGUGGAAAAAGUGUUGCACGUAAAGACAAUCUUAAUAACCACAUGCGAACUCACACUGGAGAGAGGCCUUUUACAUGCCCUGAGUGUGGAAAAAGUUUUGCACGUAAAAACAAUCUUAAUAACCACAUGCAAACUCACACUGGAGAGAAACCUUUCACAUGUACUCAGUGUGGAAAAAGUUUUGCACGUAAAGACAAUCUUAAUAACCACAUGCGAACUCACACUGGAGAGAGGCCUUUUACAUAUCCUGAGUGUGGCAAGAGUUUUAAAUGGUUAACCAAUUUCAAAGAUCAUCUACUCUCUCACUCUGGUCUAAAGCCUUUUCACUGUGAUCAGUGUGGUGAAAGUUUUAUUUCAGCAUCAGUUCUAAGAAAGCAUCUGAAUCUUCAUGCAAGGCCGUACUUGUGUUGCUGUGGAAAGAGUUUUUCAUGGCUGAACAGCUUGAAAGCUCAUGAGAAAACACACACUGGUGUUAAAGAUCAUGUGUGCUCUGACUGUGGAAAGGGCUUCUCUAGAACCGGACACCUGAAAAGACACCAGAGAAUUCAUACUGGAGAAAAACCGUACAAGUGCUCACAUUGUGACAAGCGCUUCACUGUGUCAGGAAACCUGAAAACACAUGAGAGAGUUCAUACUGGAGAGAAACCGUACAAGUGCUCACAAUGUGAUAAAAGUUUUGCUCAGACGGGACCAUUGAAAACACAUCAGAGAGUUCACAUGGAUAGAAACUGAACCAGUGCAGUCUAUGUGGGAGGAGUUUUACUCGAUUGGCGUAUCUAAUUAUUCACAAAUAAAAGCAAUGUUCAGUAAGGCAAUGUCAUAUGGAAUAAUGUGAGAUUUAGGUUUAUUAAAAAUAGGAAUCAUCCAAUCUAAAAAGUUUGCAUUAUUUACAUGUAGAGUAGUUCAUUAUUUCAUUAUUAAUACAACUUUCAAAACAAUCAUGUAAAAAAUAAACACUUAUGCUAAAAUGAACUGA